CAAAACUACCCAGAAAAUAUUUAUUUCCUUCUCCAUUCAACCUUUCCUCUCUGCUUGAUUUUCACCUUUGAAUUUUUCUCCGCUCUCUGGUUCCCCAUCUCAAACUCCAUGGCCACCAAACUGUACACUCACAAUGGUUUCCUGUCGUCCAGCUCUUUGAAUCCAUGGUAUUCACGUAAGCCGGCUAGAGUACAUUAUUCCUGCAAUAAGGAGUUCUACUGGGGUCAUACAAGAAAGAGAUGCCUAAUACGAUUUGCUUUGUUAGAGCAUACUGAUUCUUAUAGUCUUAAACUCCAGGCGGUGGGAUAUAAGAACUGUUAUCUGACCUUUCAAAGAGGUAGAAGGUUGGGGAACCUCUUUCCCCGUGCUUCUGCUGAUGAUGGUGUUACCGUGAAUGGGAGUCCUCAGGCAAGUACCAGUAGGGAUGUUGAGGAGAUGAAGGUCAAGCUUAAUCAGUCACUUCAUGGUGAAGAUUCUAAUGAUGGACUUGUCCAAUUCUUACAUGAAGCAGCGAGGGUGUUUGAGUUAGCAAUAAAGGAACAAGGUUCCUUCUCAAAGUUGUCUUGGUUUUCAACUGCUUGGCUUAAUGCAGACAAUGCAUGGGUUAAAACACUGUCUUAUCAGGCUUCAGUAUAUUCCUUAUUGCAAGCUGCAAGUGAGAUAGCAUCCCGAGGGAAUGGUAGAGACAGAGACAUAAAUAUUUUUGUCCAAAAAAGUUUAUUACGACAAUCCUCGUCGCUUGAGACGUUAAUCCGGGAUCAAUUAUCAGCUAAGCAACCAGAAGCAUAUGAGUGGUUUUGUUCUGAGCAAGUGCCAUUGGUUGUAACAUCCUUUGUUAAUUAUUUUGAAAGGGACCCACGUUUUGCUGCUGCAACUAAUGUAUCCGAGAAGGGAUUCCUUGUAGGAUCCAACAAUGCCAGUGACAUCUCAUUCCUCAUGCUUGCACUAACUUGCAAUGCUGCAAUUACAAAACUUGGACAAGCAAAAGUUUCUUGCCCUCAGUUCUUUUCGACAAUCCCAGAGAUUACAGGCAGAUUGAUGGAUAUGCUGGUUGAUUUUAUUCCCAUACGCCAGGCUUAUCAUUCCAUAAAGGAUAUUGGUCUGCGCAGAGAGUUCCUUGUUCAUUUUGGUCCUCGAGCUGCAGCUUGUAGAAUGAAAACUGAUGGAGGUUCAGAAGAAGUUGUUUUCUGGGUGAAUCUUGCGCAGCGGCAGUUACAGCGAGCUAUAGAUAGAGAGAGAAUAUGGUCAAGAUUAACAACAGAAGAAAGUAUUGAGGUAUUGGAGAGGGAUUUGGCUAUAUUUGGAUUCUUUAUUGCAUUGGGUAGAAGUACUCAAUCCUUUCUAUCAGCAAAUGGAUUUGAUGUUUUAGAUGAUCCACUUGAAGGCUAUGUUAGGUUCCUCAUUGGGGGGAGCGUCUUAUACUAUCCUCAGCUGUCAUCAAUAAGUUCUUAUCAAUUGUAUGUAGAGGUAGUCUGUGAAGAGCUGGAUUGGCUUCAGUUCUAUCCUGGUUACUCUAAUACACCUAAACAGUCGCAUGGGCAUAAAAGUAAACGGGAAGGACCUCCCAAUGCUGAAGCAAUUCCCCAAGUUUUAGGUGUUUGCUCUCAUUGGAUGCAGAGUUUUAUCAAAUAUAGUAAAUGGCUGGAGAGCCCUUCUAACGUUAAGGCAGCUAGAUUCCUAUCAAGAGGGCACACAAAAUUGUUGGAUUGUAUGGAAGAACAGGGUAUGUUAAGGAAUGAAACGUUGGAAAGCUAUACCAAUAAAGCUUUUGCAAAGACUGGACCUAGUCCAUCGAUUGAGAAAGAAUUGGAUUCCUUUGACAAGGCCUUGGAGAGUGUUGACGGUGCUUUAGUAAGGUUAGAACAGUUGCUUCAGGAUUUGCAUGUCUCAAAUUCGAACUCAGGAAAAGAGCAUAUAAAAGCUGCUUGUUCUGACCUCGAGAAAAUAAGGAAACUUAAAAAGGAGGCUGAGUUUCUGGAGGCAUCAUUCAGAGCUAAAGCAGCUUCCCUUCGGCAGGAGGAUGAGGACAUCAAUUCUCCUUCUGGUGGCAACCAGAAACAGUUCUUUACAGGAAAAAAGAGGAAGAGUGCUGCUAAUGCCACAGAACGGUCAAACAGAUCUGCAAGUAGCUAUAGUGGAUUGUGGAGCUCCUUCAUGGCCCCUCCAACCAGAAAGCCUAAUGCUGAGUUGACUGAAAAUGAAAUUAAUGAUCAGAUUGCUUCAAAUAUUGAUGUUGAAGAAUUGGAAUCAAAUAAAAUCCAGCGUUUUGAACUUCUAAGGAAUGAGCUUAUAGAACUAGAAAAACGGGUACAAAGGAGCGCUAACCAAUCAGAUAAUGAGGAGGAUGUAAAGCCUGCUGAUGAUAGUUCUAGGUACCGCAAUGAUCCUGGAGCUACGCAACUAGUCAAGGUUCAGAACAAAGAGAAUAUCAUUGAAAGGUCAUUGGACAAGUUAAAAGAAACCAGUACGGAUGUGUGGCAAGGAACCCAAUUGUUGGGUAUUGAUGUUGGUGCUGCUACGGGCUUGCUUAGAAGGGUCUUGAUUGGUGAUGAACUUACUGAAAAGGAGAAAAACGUUCUGCGCAGAACUAUGACUGACGUGGCAUCAGUUGUUCCCAUUGGUGUCUUAAUGCUUCUACCUGUCACUGCUGUUGGACAUGCGGCAAUGUUAGCUGCUAUUCAGAGAUAUGUACCAUCUUUGAUACCGUCAACAUAUGGAUCAGAAAGGUUGGAUCUCUUAAGGAAGAUUCAGAAAAUGAAAAUGGAAAGCAGUGAAGACAAUUCGAAUGAAAGUGUGGAGGAAAUAACCUGAGUAAAGACAAUGCUAAUUAUGUACAGUUGACUCAAUAUAAAUUUUCAAUUUCUGGUACUCCAGGUAGGCACCAAUGGCUGCAGUCUUGUGGAGCAUCUGGUGGAGUCCCUGGUUCACGAUACUUUGAAGGAUAUGUAUAGAUUAUUCAUUGGGUCAGGUUCAAGAUGUUUGUGGUUUCUUUCUGGCUCCGUAAAGGUGUCACACAGCCCGCCUUCAUUCCAUGUGCCAUUUCUGCAAUUUGGCAUGCUAAAGCAUCUUAGGUUCAUUCAUUAUCAUUUCCUUUAGGCCAAACUACAGUGGUAGAUUUUUGUUCUGGUAUUGGAAUGUAAAUGAAACGUCUUCCUCUCAUA